AUGCCUCCCUAUGAAGCAUUAUAUGGGAGAAAGUGUAGAACUCCUCUUUGUUGGAGUGAAGUUGGUGAAAGAAAAUUAGUUGGUCCUAAGAUUGUGCAUAAAACUGAAGAUAAGGUAAAAAUCAUCAAGGAUUGUCUAAAACUUUCCUCGGAUAGACAAAAGUCUUAUGCUGAUCUUAAGAGGUGUGAAAUUGAACAUCAACUAGGAGAUAAGGUAUUUUUAAAGGUUUCUCCACGGAAAAAGAUUAUGAGAUUUGGCCAAAAAGGACCAUAUGAAGUGCUUGAGAGAGUUGGUCCAGUUGCAUAUAAAUUAGCUCUUCCACUGGACUUAGAUAAGAUCCACAAUGUGUUCCAUGUUUCUAUGCUUAGAAGAUAUCACUCAGAUCCAUCUCAUCUUCUUCCUGUUGAAUCCAUUAAGGUCAAUCCUGACUUGACAUAUGAAGUGGAACCUAUCCAAAUCUUGGCACAUGAGACAAAAGAGUUCUAA